AUGGUGAUUCCUGCUGCUUCUUCAAAUACAACUUUUUCUUCCACAGAAAUGGACUCUUCUAGUCCUUUCUUUCUUCAUCAUGGUGACAGUCCAGGUGCCAUGAUUGUUUCUCAACAGCUCAAUGGAGAAAACUACAAUUCAUGGAAAAGGGCGAUGAUGAUGGCACUCUCGGCCAAAAACAAGCUGGAUUUUGUUAAUGGCACUCUGUCGAAGCCCUCCAAUCUUGCUGAUUCCACUGGUUUGGCAUGGACUAGAUGUAAUAAUAUGGUUCUAUCGUGGUUAUUGAACUCAGUUUCAAAGGAGAUCGCCACAAGUAUCAUCUAUAUCGAUGAUGCUUCUGAAAUGUGGAACGACCUUCAUGAUCGUUUUUCUCAGCACAAUGGGCCGCGUAUUUUCCAGCUCCAGAAGGCUAUUUCUUCUCUGUCACAGGAAAAUAGUUCUGUAAGUUCCUAUUUUACUGCAUUGAAAGGUUUAUGGGAUGAGCUGGAUAACUAUCAACCAAUUCCUACAUGCACCUGUGGAGCUUUGAAGAUUAUCGUGUCUUAUCACCAGCAACAGCAUGUUUACCAAUUCCUGAUGGGGUUGAAUGAGAGUUAUUCCCAGGUUCGAGGACAAAUUUUGUUGAUUGAUCCACUUCCCUCUAUUAAUAAAGUCUUCUCCCUUGUUAUUCAAGAGGAAAGGCAACGAUUGAUUUCUUCUUCCAGUUUUUCCUUCAAUCAGAACACUACUGCCUUGCUUUCAAAGGCUGUUCCUCCAAAUCGUUUUGCUGCUAAUAGAUCUUAUCAGAAUCGUAAGGAAAAGCCCAUAUGCUCUCAUUGUGGUGUUCCUGGACACACUAUGGAAAGGUGUUAUAAGCUUCAUGGCUUUCCCCCUGGUUACAAAUUCACCAAAGGAAGGAAUGCUCCACAUUUUGCUAGUCAAGUCUCUAACUACACUAUUCCUCAGUUGCCUAUCACCUAUGAACAAUGUCAGCAGCUUAUGGACAUGUUCAAGCCUCCAAUUCCAGAACUUGAAUCUUCUGUCCAUCAAGUUCCACUCUCCAGUCAGAUUUCAGCAGAUCCUAUUCAAGGUGACACUUCUACCAAUCUGACAGGUGCAAGUAAUUUCUCAAUUACCUAUCCAUUAUCUCUCUUAGAUACAAAACAUUCAGUUUUUGCAUCUUCUACUUCUCUAACUCAACAAAAUUCAUUAACAAAUUCUGUCAAAGCUCCUUGGAUCAUUGAUACUGGAGCUACAGAUCACAUGAUCUGUUCUAUUUCAUUUUUCACCACUUUCACUUCUGUUACUUCAAAAACAGUAAGGUUACCUAAUGGACAGCAUGCAUCAGUUACUCAUGUUGGCACAAUUAAGAUUUCAGAAUCUUUUACAUUAACUGAUGUGCUUUGUAUUCCUUCUUUUUCAUUCAAUUUGAUAUCUGUUAGUAAGUUGGUUAAAAGCUUACAGUGUUGUUUCAUUUUCUUAUCAAAAUUCUGUUUCAUUCAGCACCUUACAAGUUGGAGAACGAUUGGUGUGGGUGAAGAUGCUGGAGGUCUAUAUCAUUUGCUGCAAAAUCCAGUUUCUGUUUUACCUUUGAAUUCUGUAAAUUUCAGUUCUUUCAAGUUUAAUAAUGCAGUCACUAGUUUGGCAUCUACUAGUUUUUUUGUUGAAUCUGUCAAUGCUAGUUUGUGGCAUUUCAGAUUAGGACAUCCCUCUGACUUGCCUUUAAAGAUGCUUAAUUUCCCCUGUAAUUCCUCAGCUUCUUCAUGA